AUGACUGGCAAGGAGCGCGCGUCGCCCAUCUUCCGGCCCUGGGCCCAACAGCAGAGCGCCGAGCCCCGGAUCGUGCAGCCCGAGCCGGUGUACCUGCUGCCCGCGGCACUGCAACCGGCCUUCCCGAUGACCGCGUGGGAUGUCGCCGCCGCCGCCGCCGCGCACCACCACGCAUCCGCGCACGCGCCCGCGUUCCUCCAGCAAGAGCUGGCCGCCCGGUGGAAGGCCAAGAAGCAAAGGCCCAAGCGCUUCCAGUGUCCGCACUGCAAGGUGUCUUUCUCGAACAAUGGACAAUUGAAAGGACAUGUGAGAAUCCAUACCGGGGAGCGCCCGUUCGCCUGCGAGCACGAGGGCUGCGGCAAGACAUUCACCCGGAACGAAGAGCUCACGCGACACAAGCGCAUUCACACGGGACUAAGGCCCUUCCCGUGUCCAUUGUGUCAGAAGCCAUUCGGCCGCAAGGACCACCUCAAGAAGCACGUGAAGACGCACGAGCGAGCUCUGCUUCCUGGCCUUCCCUACUUUUUCGGCGGCGCGCCGGACUUCCUCUUCAUGUGA